UUUAAUUAAAGCCGCCUAAUCGGCGUGUUACUGCAUGCCGCGCCUCUUACCGGCGUGGCAGCCGCCUUGCCGGCCGGCAAUGCGGAGCAACUAUUUGCUUGGCACUCGCCGCUGGGCAGUGUCACUCGCUGAUCAUUGCGGCUUACAUGGAGCUGCUGCAUAUCGCGGCCGUUCUGCUGCUGCCGCCGCCUCGUCGCAGCCAUUCUCGGCUGCGCAAUCCAACGAUGCUUCUGACCUCGGACCAGAGCUCAUGAGAUGGUUGCAACUGAACGGCGGUCGAGUAGAUGGAGUAACUCUUGCUAACCUCGCCGGUCGUGACGGGGCCUCCGGUUGGGGACUUCAAGCAUCGCAAGACCUUGAGCCUGGCCGGCGGCUGAUUGUGCUUCCGGCGGCAUGCCAUUUGACCUACGGAGCGAAGGAUGAUCCACGAUUGCUGGCGCUCAUUGAAAAAGUUCCAAACGAGUUAUGGGGAGCGAAGCUCGCAUUGCAGCUGCUUUCUCAGCGCCUACGAGGAGCAGACUCCCUUUUCGCUGCCUACAUUUCCAACCUUCCCAGGGGCAUCCCCGGCAUUCCCAUGUUUUUCAGCAAGCGGGCUCUGGACCUGAUCGACUACCCGCCAGUCACACAGCAGGUGCAGAAACGGUGCAGGUGGCUCCACACCUUCAGCCAGCAGGUAAUGGCCAAACUGCCGGGCUCUCCGGAAGACCCCUUCGGCGGUGUUACGGUUGACAUCAAUGCACUCGGCUGGGCACUGGCCUGUGUGACCUCCCGCGCCUUCCGCACCCGCGGCCCUGCACAUCCCGCCGCCAUGCUACCCCUGAUCGACAUGGCCAACCACACGUUUACACCCAAUGCGGAGGUUCUGCCCCUCCCGGGCGGAGAUAUGGGGCUGUUUGCCAAGUCCAAGGUGGCCACUGGGGAGCCUUUACUAUUGUCGUACGGGAAGUUGAACAACGACUUCCUCUUCAUGGACUACGGCUUCAUCGUGCCGGACAACCCGUACGACACAGUACAACUCAGAUUCGAUAUUGGCUUAAUGCAGGCGGGCUGCCUGGUGGCGAAUGUGACAGACGCCGAGGGGCCCCCCCGGGACCUCGUCAUCACCCCUUGGCGCCAGGAGCUGCUGACGGAACUCGGACUGGCGGGCGCCGCCGCCACCCUGGAGCUCAACCUUGGAGGCCCCGACUUGCUCGACCCCCGACUGCUGGCCGCGGCUCGUGUGAUGGUGGCGCGUCAGGCUGGUGAAGUGGCAGGACGAGGAGGCGCCGAGCGCCUGUGCGCCAUUGACUGCCCGCUCAGUCGCGAGAAUGAGACAGCCGCGUUGAGAGUUGUCGGGGGAGUGAUUGCGGUGGCGCUGUCUACCUUCCGGCGAACUUUGGACCAGGACUUGGCCUUGCUUGCCGGCCAGGUGCCUCCCUCGACGGAGGCGGAUGGCAACCAGCGCCAGGACCUGGCUCCUUUGGAAACCGCGGACGAGAUGUUGGCGGUUCGGUUUUGUGUGGAAAAGAAACGUAUUCUGAGCCGCAGCCUGCAGCGGGUGGCUGCGUUGGCGGAGGCUGUUAAGGGAAAUGGUGAGCUGCGGCAGUCUACUGGGAUGUCGAUGGCGAAGAAGGGUUCAAAGCCCGCCCCCGCGACUAACAAAGGCUUCGGACAGAAGAAAUGAAGUCGGAAGCAGGCAGGAUGUUUGUUGCAGAAUGGUCGGGUGUUGUAAGUCUUUUUGAACUUAGGGUUGGUGCAUCGAUUGUGUUCGACAAUUAUGAAAUAGCAGUGAUGUACCCUAAGUUAUUAUUACUUGUCACCGUAUUGUGCAACUGUAGAGGUUCUGUUCUGAUAUAUAGGACCUUUGCUCACCUCCGCAAUGUCGUUUGUUGUGCGCGUGCGGUUGGUGAUAUAAUGCUACCGGCUGAUUCUGGCGUAGAUAAGAUAUUGUCAUGUAAAAUUUUCUAUCA